AUGUCAAGCUCAGCGUUUUCAAGACGUCCCUCGUCGCAAACAGGCUGGCGGCGAGGUGGUGGUGUAGUCUCUGCAGGCAGAAAGGAAACGCCAAAUUUUCGCGCACAAUCUCCAGCUCGUGGAGAGGUGUUGAUGGAGUUGAAGCCAGACGACAUCAAAGAUGUUAAGAAGAAUUCAAAGAUCAAGGACUGCAAAUAUGUUGCUUCGUACAAUUGGCUGGAUGGGAAAGAUCCGAAGAUUGCCGUUCCAGGAACACCGCCGCUGUGGAAUCCCCCCGCCAUCCCUCGCGAGCUGGAACGCGACUCCGGCGACUUUUUUCGGGACCUUAAUGCCGCUCGAUAUCCAUCAUGUCCACUCGUCCCAGCAGCCCAAGCUGUACGAGAACUAGCCACGCAAUUUCCCACUCAAGAUGUGGAUGUGUUCACCUGCGCUGAUACUCUGUGCAAACUGGCUCGCUUCAUCUGCGGGGAAGAACAAACAUUCAGAAUCAUUCUGACAAAAAUCGGAAACACCUUGUUCAUGAUACGCAGAGAAAAUUCACCCGAUGAGCUGAUUCCGGAAGUCAAAGGUUAUGGGCGAAUGUUAUUUCGCCUACCUGGGUUUUUAUUUCGCAUACUCGCUAAACCCUCAGGAGUUUAG